GGACACACUCUUCUUAGUUGGUCAUAAUAAACCGCUCCAGGCCAAAAGCAAUGCGGUUCUCCAUUCUACUGAUAAGCCUGUCUGGCGUUCUCGCUCUGCAAGUCAACAUCGCUGAGUGUUUAACCAACAGGGAGUUCUUUGAGAUCAUCAAGGAUUAUGUGGACGUCGUUGAAGAAGACGUUUCCAUUGAUGAUGUCGUAACUGACAAUAAUGAUGACGUCAUUGACUUUCCUGGCGGUCCCGAUGAUGACGUGGAUUUCGAUUUCCUGAUUGACGCGAUGGGCCUUUCCAGCACUGGGGACGAGAUAUCGGAAAUGAUGGAAGCUUCACAAAGCAGCCAUGGUCUAAGCUGGUGGCACCAUCACCACCAUCACCACAACCGCCGCCCGCAUAGAAAGAUAUGCUCAUGUCGCCAUCUCUACUGCAAAUGCUGCAUCAGCCACACGUUCCGUAUCAAUCUUAUCUUCAAGAAGUUCCACUUCCGGUUCAAUCCUUGUGUAUCGUUUGGCUACGUUCCCGCCAACUACGGGUUCGAGUUGACUAUCACGUUCAACGGUCGUCGUCUGUUCCAUAAGGAGAUUUCACUGAAACAUCCCCCUGCACUAUGUUUUGGCGUUCCUGGGCUUCGAACGUUUGCACGUGUCUGUCUUCAAGUAUACAACGUGAACCUGCAAACCAAACACAUAUGUGUUCGCCUAGUCGGUGUCCUUGACCUUAAGAUUCAUAAAUUUAGAGUUCAUCUGAAAAUAGCCUGCUUCCGUAUUCCCCUCACCGAGGCUGAGAGAGUCGCCCAGAUGUUGGAGUCACGUGACUUACACGUGGCAUCACUUGCCGAAACAAGAUCCACCAAUGAAACAACUGUCUACGAAGUGGAAUCCAUCCACGAACUCUUUGACCUGAUGAAAAUUCUCGACUUGACCGAUGACGUCACUGAGCAAAUGACUUCACAGGACCAAGUUAUCGAUAUUUUCCGGUCGCUUCAAGUCCAGGAUGACAACGAGUAAUGAAAUAAGCAGAACAAUGGCGACUUCUUUCAAAAACAUUAAACAUAUUUAAAAAGCUGUUGGAAUAAGUGGAUGUAAACUACAGGGACAUGCCAAGUCGCCUGACUUUAACACAUUUCCCGGGGCGGUAUUCAUAAAACUUCUGGGGCCGUUUCAAUGAAGGAUGUCAGUCAUAACUUAACUUAUCUUAAAUCUUUAUAAAGGACACAAACGGCAAAACAGCAUAUUGUUCUUAUUUCCCCAUCUCUAUGGUCAUCUUUAAUGAUGGUUAAAGCUCAUUUCACUCAAAUUCGAAGCAUAAGAUCUUUGAUACUAAGAUCAUUUCAGUUUAAGACUAAAAUCGUCUAAUAUUUUUAUUGAAAUGGUCCCCAGUAGUUAUUUCUGAACUUAAGUCACUAACUUAAUUUUAGUAUCUCUUCAGUCAUAUGAAAUUGAAAUAAAGGUUUUCCAAAUAACAUUAUUUUCAUUGACCUUAUUAAAAAAAAUACUUUAACGUUAAAAAAAACUCAUUCCUUUCUUUCAAUUUGAAUAAGAAAAAAAUACGAAAUUCACUGCAGUUAGGAACUCUCUUAAGAUGCAUUAUCAAUGCGGCCCAUGGCCCCAAUCUCUCGAAACUUUUAAGAUUAGCAGGCUUAUGUUGAUGAUUUUGAUCAGCCGAAAUAAUAUUUUUAUUUUGUUUUGACAGUAUAUGAUUAUCGGGAUUAUCAUAAAAAAUAAUUCUGGUUUGAAGUCUGAAAUCCCUUUCAACACGGUAUUUUUUUAAAAAUAAUUGGUUACUGGGCCUGUCUUGUAUUUUCCAUUGUAAUAAGUUCAGUAAAUAUAAGUGCUCUAUUUUUUCUUGCGGUGUUCACUUUAUAAAUUAUAUGUUAUUUUUUCAUGUUCAAGCGUUCAACAAUCAUCAACAAAAAUGUGAUCAAUUUCAAAUUAACAUAGUUUUAGUUUUUUAUCCAAAUAAGUUUUUGGUCGUUUGACCAAAAAGUAAAAGUUCGUUGAUUACGGGUAGUAUUUUGUACUUCUAAUUUAUUUCAGAGUUCUAUUUUUAUUCUAGUUAUACUACUAUAUAUAUACUGGCUCUGUUUGUAUGUAUUAAAUAUAAGCUAAUAAAAUUGCAUUCACAG